AUGCAAGGAAGAGCAUCGUUACAUCCAUAUCAAGCAUUUAAUGCAAAUGCUGAUGCUGAAACAUUACGUAAAGCAAUGAGAGGUUUAGGUUGUGACAAAAAUAAAGUUAUUAUUGUACUUUGUGGCAGAGUUAAUUUUCAGCGUCAACAAAUUGCGGCAGCUUAUAAAACAAUGUAUGGUAAAGAUCUUAUAAAUGAUUUGAAAAGUGAGCUAUCAGGUGAUUUUGAAGAUUUAAUAUUGGCGCUAAUGGAACCACCAGCACGAUAUGAUGCGCAACAACUUCACAAAGCUAUGCAAGGUUUGGGUACAAAAGAAUCAGUACUAAUUGAAAUUAUGUGUUCACGGACGAAUGCACAAAUUAUUGAAUUACGUAACAUUUAUCAGCAAAUGUAUCAUUCAACGUUAGAGAAUGAUUUAAUUGGUGAAACAAGCGGACAUUUUAAACGUUUGCUCGUAUCAUUAUGUAAUGGCGGACGUGAUGAAAGUAUGCAAACUGAUACGUUACGUGCUAAUCAGGAUGCUAAAAAAUUAUACAAAGCUGGCGAACAACGCCUUGGUACCGAUGAAUCAUGCUUUAAUGCUAUUUUAGCUUCACAAAAUUACGCACAACUAAGACUUAUCUUUCUAGAAUAUCAAAAGAUAACAAAUCAUACAAUUGAGAAAGCAAUUGAAGCGGAAUUUAGCGGUGAUGUAAAGGAUGGCUUAUUAGCUGUUGUAGCAUGUGCGCAAAAUAAACCAGCUUAUUUUGCUACAUUACUCUACAAUAGUAUGGUGGGAUUUGGUACACGUGAUAAUGAUUUAAUCCGUAUUAUUGUUACACGUUCCGAAAUUGAUUUAGCUGAUAUACGACACGAAUUUGAGCAAAAAUAUAACAAAAGUUUAGAAUCAUUCAUUAAGGGUGAUUGUUCAGGAGCAUAUAAAGAUGGUUUAAUUGCACUUGUUCGUGGCAAUUAA